AUGUCGCCCCGGUUGGCGUGGAUCGUGGAUGUUUCCGUUACGGAUAACAUCGUGUUUGGGCACCGCUAUGACCCAGACUUUUACCAGGCCACCGUCAGAGAUUGUGCCCUACCUAAUAGUGAUGAAACAGAAGUUGGUGAGAAGGGAAUCUCUUUGUCCGGGGGUCAGAAGGCUCGUUUGGCCAUCGCUCCUGCCGUCUACGCUUGUGCCGAUGUUUACCUUUGGACUGUCCCCUGUCUGCCGUUGACGAGCGUGUCGGAAGGCACCUUAUCGAUAAUGUUCUGGGCCCUAAGGGUCUCUUGGCCGGAAAGACCAGAAUUUUGGCAACCGAUUCAAUCAUGAUAUUGAUAGAAGCAGAUUAUAUCGAUCUUCUUGUUGUGGGUGAGAUACCUGAGACUAGUGCCUGCAACACUAUCAUGGCCAUGAAAGGCGGAAUGCAUAGCAUUGUCCGUCAUCUCAAGGAAGCUCGAGAACAGGAUCAGAAUGACUAA